AUGGACAUGUCUUCCGCCUCGGCGGAUGGUAUGGCCUCUUGGAAGCCGUACCUGCACACCUCGCUCUUCUCCUCCUUCACCUCCGUCGACGAGCCGUUUCUCUUUCCCACCUUCCGCAUCCGCAGCCUCGCCACAUUUCUAGCCGCUGCACUCGUCACAUUCAUCCUCGCCCUCGCCGAACGAUUCCUCACCCACAUCUCUUCAACCCUAUCUGCGACGCCCAGGACACGCAUCUGGCUCGGUGCCGCAGUGUACUUUGCCGCGACGUUGAUGCGGUACAUCCUCAUGAUCGUCGCCAUGGGCAUGGACUGGUUCCUGCUUCUCAGCGCCGUCUCGGGUCUCACCAUCGGAAACGCGCUGAUCGAGUGGCACAAAAGCCCGACGAAAAGGAGGGUACACGAGGAACACGUCGAACUCCUCCCCAAUGAGGACGGAGACGGUCACAAACAUGAUGAUUAG